CCUGCCACCACACCCAGUUGAUUUUGGUAUUUUUAGUAGAGAUGGGGUUUCGCCAUGUUAGCCUGGCUGGUCUCAAACUCUUAACCUCAGGUGAUCUGCCCACCUCGGCCUCCCAAAGUGCUGGGAUUACAGGCAUGAGCCACUGUGUCCAGCUGAGAAACAGAUUGGAUGGGAAUUUUUCUUCUAUCUCCUCCUCCCAUCCUUAUCUGAACUUCUCUCUGACCCCUGCUAACUCCUAGAGAGAAUCAAAGAUCUGUUCCAACUCUUGAUUAAAACUCCAGGUUCUGCUGACUUGGUCUGCUCUGGUGGCAAAGAGGCUAUUGUAAGCGUUAUUAGAAGUAUGUUUUUCCCUUCGCUUCCGCUCCGCGUUCCCACAAUGCAGUGCGGCUGAGCGCCUCGGAGCCCGCGGGGACGCUGCGGGGGGACCCGUGCUGAGGCGGCGGCGGCGGCGGCGGCGACUUGGGAUGCGGCGGGCCCGCGGCGUCUGGCGGUGCGGAUGUCGGGCUGGGCGGACGAGCGCGGCGGCCAGGGCGACGGGCGCAUCUACGUGGGGAACCUUCCGACCGACGUGCGCGAGAAGGACUUGGAGGACCUGUUCUACAAGUACGGCCGCAUCCGCGAGAUGGAGCUCAAGAACCGGCACGGCCUCGUGCCCUUCGCCUUCGUGCGCUUCGAGGACCCCCGAGAUGCAGAGGAUGCUAUUUAUGGAAGAAAUGGUUAUGAUUAUGGCCAGUGUCGGCUUCGUGUGGAGUUCCCCAGGACUUACGGAGGUCGGGGUGGGUGGCCCCGUGGUGGGAGGAAUGGGCCUCCUACAAGAAGAUCUGAUUUCCGAGUUCUUGUUUCAGAAAACUAUUAGGAAAUGGCUGCAGUCCUGAGCUGUGAGCGGUAAACACAGCCUUUGCGAGCAGGAGCACAUUUCCCUUUCAUGACAUCAGGACUUCCUCCGUCAGGCAGCUGGCAGGACCUGAAGGAUCACAUGCGAGAAGCUGGGGAUGUCUGUUAUGCUGAUGUGCGGAAGGAUGGAGUGGGGGUGGUUGAGUAUCUCAGAAAAGAAGACAUGGAAUAUGCCCUGUGUAAACUGGAUGACACCAAAUUCCACUCUCAUGAGGGUGAAACUUCCUACAUCCGAGUUUAUCCUGAGAGAAGCACCAGCUAUGGCUACUCACGGUCUCGGUCUGGGUCAAGGGGCCGUGACUCUCCAUACCAAAGCAGGGGUUCCCCACACUACUUCUCUCCUUUCAGGCCCUACUGAGACAGGUGAUGGGAAUUUUUUCUUUAUUUUUUAGGUUAACUGAGCUGCUUUGUGCUCAGAAUCUACAUUCCAGAUUGAGGAUUUAGUGUCUUAGGAAAUUUUUUUAAUUUUUUUUUUUUUAAAGAAGAAAAAAAAACUACAUAAUUUCUACCAGGGCCAUAUUAGCAGUGAAACAUUUUAAACUGCAGAAAUUGUGGUUUUGGUUCAGAAACAAGUUGUAUAUUUUUCACCGCUGAUUAUGGGAAAAAAAUCAGUUCUGUCUUUGUGGGUUGCUCUACUAUGGAGAUCAACAGUUACUGUGACUGAGUCGGCCCAUUCUGUUUAGAAAUAUAUUUUAAACGUUUAGUAAUUGAAAAAAAAAAAAAGAAGUAUGUUUUUAUUUUUAUUUAUUUUUUGAGACAGAGUCUUACUCUGUAGCCCAGGCAGGAGUACAGUGGAAUGAUCUCAACUCACUGCAACCUCUGCCUCCCGGGUUCAAGUGAUUCUCAUGCCUCAGUCUCCUGAGUAGCUGGGACUAGAGGUGCGCGCCACCAUGCCCGGCUAAUUUUUUUGUAUUUUUAGUAGAGACAGGGUUUCAGCAUGUUAGCCAGGCUGGUCUUGAACUCCUGAUCCAUCCUCCUCCGCCUCCCAAAGUUUUGGGAUUACAGGCAUGAGCCACCGCGCCCGGCCUACUUGAAGUAUGUUUUUUUAGAUCUUCAGCUAUAUCUUCUUACUACGGAUUAGAACUUGGCAUAAAAUCAAAGCUGAAUUAAUAUGAUGAUAUAAUCAAUUUUUAGGCCUGAACAUGCCCCAGGUAUCAUCUCAUCCAACCCUCUCAUUUAGAGCUGGGGAAACUGGCUGGGCAUGGUAGCUCAUACCUAUAAUCCCAGCACUUUGAGAGGCCAAGGCAGGAGGCUAGCUUGAGCCCAGGAGUUUGAGACCACCCUGGCAGCAUAGAGAGAGCCCAUCUCUACAAAAGACAUAAAUAAAGGGGAAACUGAGGCUCAGGGAGAGUAAGUGACUUAUUCCCAAAACUGCCCCCUUCUGGUGUGGGUGAUGAGGAGGUGAAAUGAGGCUUCAGUGGGAAAUGUGUUGAAAAUCUUUCCUUUCUCCCUUCAACUUGCAUAUUCUGCUUGCUCCUACCCAGAUGGAAAUGAUAUUUAUAAAAUAUUGGUGUGUCUGUUGGUAGAGUCUGUGCCUGUUUACAGAACUGUCUUCUCUGAACCAAAUGAAAGGAACUAAAAUAUCUAUUAUGCAUUUUGGACUAAAAAUAUUAUCUUAUUCUGUUUGGAGAUAUUCUGAACAUAGUUGUUUAUUUAAUUACAGGUUUGGCCCAUUUUCCAUCUAUGGGCCUGACUUAAAUAUAUUUUUAAAAAUUUAAACCUAUAAUAAUAUUUACUAGCAGGCCUUAAUUUUAAACUGAACCCUCGGGAGCUAUUUUUCCUUUCAAAUUUUUAUUCUUCUUCAAAACGUGAUGCCAUCGGGUUCCUGAGGUCAUGGAGCAGUGGGGCCAGGUCUUGCUGUUGGAGGAAUCUUUGUUGCUCAAGGAGAAAAGUAAAAGGACAAGCAGAGGCGUUGGGUCAGGAGACCCUGGGCUGGAAUCCUGGUCCACCCCUUCCCAGUUCUGUGACCUUGGAUGAGUUACCGAACUCCUGACCUCAAGUGAUCUGCCCACCUCAGCCUCCCAAAGUGCUGGGAUUACAGGCAUGAGGAUGAAUGGCUUUUCUAAGGCUUUUCUAUGGACUGCCAACCAAUAUUACUGUGAGUCUACUCUGCCGGGCUCCAUGCUAGGUUUUGGGCAAGGCAGAGCCACGAGGUAUUGUUUAAAAGGAGGAGACAGGGAAGUAGUGUGUGCGCCAAGUGCUUUAUAACUAUUGUGUUGAGAGAUAAAGCAGGUGAAUUACUAUACCUGCUACAACAUGGAUGAACUUUGAAAAUAUGAUAGGCUGGGUACGAUGGCUCCCACCUGUAAUCCAGCACUUUGGGAGGCCAAGGCAGGAUUAUCACUUGAGCCCAGAAAUUUGAGACCAGCCUGGGCAACAUAGCGAGACCCUGGCAUAGUAGCGUAUGCCUGUAGUUCCAGCUACUUGGGAGGCUGAGGUGGGAGGAUCACUUGAGCUCAGGAGGUCCAGGCUGCAGUGAGCCGUGAUCAUGCCACUGCAUUCCAGGCUGGGUGACAGAGUGAGACCCUGCCUCAACAAAAAAGGCCAGGCACAGUGUCUCAUGCCUGUAAUCCCAGCACUUUGAGAGGCUUAGGCUGGUGAAUCACUUGAGGUCAGGAGUUCGAGAUCAGCCUCGCCAACAUGGUGAAACCCCGUCUCUACUAGAAAUAUGAAAUUAGCCGGUUGUGGUGGCAGGUGCCUGUAAUCCCAGCUAUUCGGGAGGUUUAGGCAGGAGAAUUGCUUGAACCUGGAAGACAGAGAAGUUGCAAUGAGUGGAGAUCAUGCCACUGCCCUCCAGCCUGGGCGACUGAGAGAGACUCUUUCAAAAAAAAAAAAAAGAAAAGCAAAAAGAAAGAAAGAAGAAAUACAGCAUUGAGUGAACAGAGCCAGACAUAAGAGGUCACAUAUAUAGGCUUUCUGUUGCUCUGUUAGGAAUACAAAAAAGAGGUCACGUAUAUUGUACGACUUUGUUUAUAUGAAUUGUCCAGAAUAGGCAAAUCCACAGAAAUAGAAAGUAGACUAGUGGUUGCUGGGAAUGCAGAAGAGUGGGAAUGGGGUUCUGCAUUCCCAGAAUGCAGUGGUUCUGCUGCCAGAACCUCAGCGCAGCCUCAUCCUCCUGCCCCUGGGGACAUUUGCUGGAAUCCUCUGCUGCUCUGAUUCUGCCAGGCCCUGCCUGCAGGGGGUUCAUACCACCCUCAAGGAACCUGGGCCCCUGGGCACCUACGCACAGGCCUGGGGGAAGGACCCUCCACAGGGCCCGUGUGUGGGAGCCUCUCCUGUAGGUCCUCUCUCCUGGCCUCUUGCCCUGUUCUGGUUUCUGGGACACAAAUUCAAACCCCUGCCCACACUCAUCACUACUUCCUUUCCUGCCCAUGUUUUAAAUGUCAUCAUGCAAUAAAAUAUACAUAAUAUAAAGGGUGCCAUCUUAGCCAUUUUUAAGGACACAGUUCCACGGUAUUAAGCACGUGCAUGCUGUUGUGCAGCCAUCACCACCACUCAGCUCCAGGACUUUUUCACUGUCCCAAACUGAAACCCCGAACCCGUUAACACUAACGCCCCAUUCCUCCCUUCCUCUAGUCCCUGGCAACCACCAUGUCACUCCCUGUCUGUGAAUUUCACAAUUGUAGGUGCACAUGUGAGUGGAAUCACAGAGAAUUUGUCUGUUUGUGCCUGGCUCGUUUCACUGAGCAUGAUGUUCUCAAGGGUCAUCCAUGUGGCAGCAUGUGGCAGAAUUCCCUUCCUCUUUCUUUCUUUCUUUCUUUAUUUUAUUUUAUUUUUUUGAGACACAGUCUCACACUGUUGCCCAGGCUGGAGUGCAGGGGCACAAUCUCGGCUCACUGCAAACUCCGCCUCCCAGGUUCAUGCCAUUCUCUUGCCUCAGCCUCCUGAGUAGCUGGAACUA